AUGUUUGCGCCGAAGAGUUGUCUGUGGAUUUGCAGCUGCCUCAGCCUGGUGGCAGCCUUGCAGGCAUCACCCGCCAGCUAUGCUGGCUAUGUGUCCAAUAGCAUUGCAGCGCCGGGUGAGCCCAUGUAUUAUCUGCUAGCCGAUGCGGGCACACAGGUGGCGCCACAUGAGGAGCGACGACGCACGAAUCGCUCGCUGAUGAAGUGGUGGGAUGAUCUCUUCAGUCAAAACAAUUGCUGCAACAAUGGCAACAACUUGCUGCUCAACAACAACCACGACAAAGGUAAAAAGGGUGGUCCAACCACAUUGGUGAACAAUUGCAAUGGACAGCUGCCGUUAUUCCCAGCGCUGCCCGAUCUCUGGGGCAAUGUGAACAACUGCGCCGGCGGCUGCACUCAAUCACCUAAUCCCAAUCCCGCUUAUGAUGGCCCCGGCAAUGGCGAUGCUGGCUAUGUAGCUCCAGCUGCACCUGCCGCCCAGGACAGCUAUGCGCCACCAGCUGCUCCCAGCUAUCCAGAAACGCCUGCAGCGCCACCUGCCGCUGCAUAUGAGCAACCAGCUAGCUAUGAGCCUGCAGCGCCUGCUCCUGCUCCCGCUCCCGCACCACAAGCAGAAAGUUAUACCAAAACGCAGCCGCAGGAAUAUGCACAGCCUGCCAAGAGCUAUGCCGGCGGCCAAGCUCCACAGAUUGUCUAUCAGCCGAUUAUUUAUUUGGCCGCUGGUGCUGCUGAGCGAAGCUGUCUCCGGAAGCCAGAGCCCGAGCCCGAGCCAGAGCAGCUUGAGCCUGCUACGCCGGCAACACCAGCUGCGCCAGCUCCUUGCAAUGCACCCGCCUGUGCUGGUUAUCUGCCGCUGGUGGGCAUGCCCUUCUAUAGUUAUCCAGCGCCACCAGCUAUGUAUGCACCACAAGCGCCUGUCUAUGCUCCAGCACCACCACCAGCACCAGUCUAUGCCCCAGCGCCUGCUCCUCAACACAUUUAUAAUGCUCCUCCAGCAGCAGCUUAUGCUGCUCCAGCUCCACCACCAGUCUACGCCGCUCCUGCUCCACAGCCAGCCUAUCAGCCAGCUGCUCCAGCUUAUCAGCCACCAGCGCCAGCUCGUGCUGCUUCACCUUGCUGCGAUCCUGUGCACCUAUCAUUAAUGGAUCAACCCUAUCGUGUGGCGCCAGAACUCUUCAAGGAAUACCAUUAUCGCUUGGCGCUAGCCGAUCGUAAUAGAUUUUAG